UCAUCAGUCGUAUUUUGAUGAAUCGUCAGGUCAGUUAAGUUUUUUCGAGUAUUGGCAAACGUAUCAACAUAAUUACUUUUUUACAUUAAACGUUUUGAAUUAAUGCAAAUUCGCCUUGGUGGUAUGAAAAUUUAAAACGUGGUUAUUCUCAUCACUAACCAUGCACUUUAGUAUAUGUAGGUUUUAUUAUCAAUUGUUUUCACAUACUUGUAUUAAUAUUUAUUAAGUAAUAGCGUAUAUAUGUACUUACUUAUUUAAAUAUACACAAAAAAAGUGAAUCAUGCAAGUAAUUAAAUAAUUCGCAAAACGUUUCCAACUUGUAUUAUAUUUUUCUUAUAAUUUAGUAAAACGACAAGGACUAUAUUUGCUAUUUACAAAAUAUGAGGUGUCCUACAUUGCGUCACAUAAUCUGCAGUGCAAAAUAAGUACGCGUGACUUGUUUCAUAAACUUUGUGUAAAACCGAGUCUCAAGUUUCCAUAUCAUAACAAAAUCACGGGACAUCCUGUGAUCAUCCACUUUGAGUUUGGGACCAUUUUGCAGACAUCAGAUCACUCAGGAUGUAGUUGCAUAUAAAAUAAGUAAGAAUUUGCAACAGAAUAUCUGAAGUACAACACAUCAAAUGGCGCACCGAUUUUUGUUGGCUUCCUUCGACUACUUGAGGCCAAAGGACCCUUCCAUCUCAUUGGCAUCUUCGUCCCUGUUGGCCUCUCUCGUUACCAAAUUGGGCAACAAACUUGACAUUUUUCAUACCCAGUACAACGUCAGGAGGGCGGAUGCGUUCGAGAUAAGGUCUCAAUUUGAGCGUGAUCUUUACGAAAUCAAGCCAAACUUUGUUGGGGUAGGAAUCUACAUUUGGAAUGAUCACUUCAUCCAGGAAGCGGUGAAGAAUGCUGUGAUUGACAAGGAAAUCAAGUGCAAAAUAAUUUGCGGUGGGCCUCAGAUCACGUAUAACAAUCAUUGUGCGAAUAGUUUGGAAAUUGCGUAUCCCUUUGGAGACAUUUUUAUUCGGGGGUAUGCGGAAGAGUCGCUGGUCAAAGUGGUUGAAAAUUUAAUGGGAGGGAAUGAAAUCCCCAUUACUGGUGUCCAUUACAAAGGACGUCCCGACCCUGGACAAAAAUCCAUCUAUAAUUUUGACACCCUCCCGGCCCCACUGCUAAUGGAUACCUUGACAACUAAUCCCUCAUUUCCACCAAAAAAUAUUCAUAAAGGAUUUAUACGACUAGAAACAAAGCGUGGUUGUCCUUUCACCUGUGCCUUCUGCCAACACAAGGAUUCCUAUGAAAAGCGAGCAACGUGCGAAAAGAACAGGACGAAACAAGAGAUCCAGUGGUUGGUGGAACAAGGAAUUAACGACGUUUCAAUUGUUGACCCCAUUUUCAAUUCAGGAGGGACAAAUUAUUUGGAUACGAUGCAAUAUUUUUUGGAUUAUGGGUUCAAAGGUCGUCUUUCUCUUCAGUCUCGAUUUGAAAUGGUGUCCCCCCAAUAUCUCGUAAUGUGCUCUAAACUACUCGAAACCGGUAUUAAUGUGGAACUCGAGUUUGGGGUGCAAACGAUUAAUAAAGAAGAAUGUAAAGUAAUACAAAGGGCCAACAAUGUCAAGAAGAUUAUUCAAGUUUCUCAGGAUCUUAUCGCCAGAGAAAUCCCUUUUGAAACCUCACUCAUUUACGGAUUACCCCUUCAAACGAUUUCCAGCUUUCGGUUUGGAUUGGACUGGUUGUUGGAGUUUGUCAAGCCUUCCAUCGCAGUGCAUGCCUGGCCCUUAAUGCUGCUCAAGGGGACGCCCCUUUUCGAGGUGAAGGACAAGUUCGGUUUAGUGGAACGUGUGCUGAAUGAGGAUUUAGAAGAGGUGGAUGAAAAACGGAUCUACUCCGGAAUUCCGCAUGUCGUCAAGAGCUCCACUUUUGACGAGAAGGAGUGGAACGAGAUGAAACAAUUGGCAAAAGAGGUGCUUGAGACGUAUGCAAAAUUUCCACUGGGAUCACGUCCUAACUAACUACCCGUUGGCUAGCGAUCACCGAUUUUGACUGUGCCGAGCAAGAAAUGUAAAGAUGACCGGUUUAAUUCCACCUAAAUAAAGUCAUGCUAGCUACUCUGCAGCUUAACUGUUAAAUAACUUUAUUUAAAUAACAACUUGGAAUUAAUAUUUCAACUAUUAAAAAAUAACUGAUCAAUGUCGACCAGCUCACAUUUUUUUUUUACUCAAAGACAAAGACACACGCACUCCCACUACUUUUCAUGCUCUCCCUCCUCGCGUCUCAAUCACCCUUAAAUUGGAUUGAGAUUUCAACACAUAUACAUAUAUGAAAAUACCGAUAGAUUUAACACUCCCACCUUUCUUUUGCGGAAUGCUAAUGAGGAAAAGAAAUCAUAAAACUAAUAACCAAUCAUACAUAAAAUUCAAAAAUCAAUCAAAUUAAUAAUGAGCACUGAACACUCCAAGACGCUGUGGUUUCUUCACCUUCCGGCCUACUCUGGUAGCAAUUUCCGGUUCUGGUUGAUCGACUUGAGUUUCUUCCGGUUCCUCCACUUCCAAACAUUCUGAUUCUUCAUCAAAGUUCUCCAUCAAAAUCUCAGGAGAAACUUUCAUCAUUUCUUGAUCUUCAUACGGGAUCUCCAUAGGAUACAGACGCUAUAGAGGUCUUGACAAAAUUCCUUUGGCUGUCUUCACAAGACCUGACCUCACCUCCCCAUCUUUUCCCGGAUUCAACUUGAUGAUCCUACCCAAAGGCCACUCCAAACGCUUCUUGUUGUCGGCUCCUACUAAGACAACGUCGCCAACUCGGGGGUCUUGGGUCCUCUUCUCGCUGGCCUUCUGUACCAACUCGGCGAGAUACUCUUUCCGGAAUCUGGACUGUAAAUCUCGUUGUAACUUCUUAACAUGUUUGAAGCGAACUUGGAGUUCUUUCCCUGUCAUCACUUCCGCUUCUGGGAAUCUGGUCAACUUAGUUCCCUUCAAAAACAUUGCUGGUGUUAAGGCGACGAGAUCUUCUUCAUCUUCGGUCACAGUGGUCAACGGUCGGUCGUUAAUUGUUGCUGCUACCGAACUCAAACAUGUGGUCAGCUCAUCUCGAGUCAGUGACGCCUUUCCCAACAUUCGACGAAGAAGGUCUUUCACUGAUCUUACAAGGCGUUCCCACCAUCCUCCCCACCAGGCAGCAGUGGGAGGAUUAAAUAUCCACUGAAUUUGUUUCACGUGGCUUGCUCGUUCUACUUUCUCCCAAUUCAUCUUCAUGAAAAACGAGUGAGCACCCACAAAAUUUGUCCCAUUGUCCGAGUACAGUGUGUUUGGACGCCCAUAGGUGCAGAUAAAUCUCUCCAAUGAGUUGAUAAAUGCUUCAGAGCUCAAAGAUUCCACCAAGUCCAAGGCGACGCAUCUGUACACGGCGCAAGUGUAUAGCACGAUCCACACUUUCUUCCUGUCUUUUAAGUACAAUGGACCAGCCAAAUCCACGCCAGUUGUGCUGAACACUUCUCCUGUGGCCACUCUUUUCUUCGGCAGUGCCACAGGGUUGACUUGCAAGGGCUUAGCGUCUUGUUUUCGACAUGCAAGACAUUCCCUCAGGGCCUUCGUCACGGUCCUUCUUCCCUGCGGGAUCCAGUAUUUUUCUCGGAGCUUCGUCAACGUGAACUGGAUUCCACCAUGAGAAUACAUACGGUGUACUUCUCGGAUCAGCUCUUGAAUUAAUGGACAGUCUUGAGGUAACAAUAUCGGGUACCGGAGACCUUCGGUGUCAUCUUUGUACUCCAACUUUGUCUUGAUAUGAAGAAGUCCAUCUUCCAUCUUCUCCACUCGCAAUUGAAGUUUCCUUGGAUUGGAAUAAUAUCUUGACUGGAUUAUUCGCAGCAUUGCUAUUUCUGCUUGCCUCAGUUCUAAUACUGUAAGGGCGUCGCUCAGCUUUUCUUGAUCCAUGCCUUUCAGGAUCGGUAUUGCGUAGCUUACAAUCCGAACAUUCUUGUAGUACGAAUGAAACUUGGGCUUGGAACUUUCUUUAAAUUUUGCCACUUUCACCCAAGUCUUCUUCUUCUCUGCAAGGAUCUCUUCGUCAUCUAGGGCGUCGGCGCCACAGGGCCAAUUUUCUGGAUUUUGGCGCAGCCAUUCUGGUCCCUCCCACCAUCUGGAUGCCAAUAACUCGUUUGGUGGACAGCCUCUUGAGGGAAGAUCUGCAGGGUUCAUCUUUCCAGGGACGUGACGCCAAAAUUCCUUCUUUGAACAUUUCAGAAUUUGUCGCACACGAUUUCCGACAAAAGUUCCCCAAUCUUCGUCUCUUCUGAUCCACGCCAGGGCUGUUGUUGAGUCGGACCAGUACACGGUCGUAAUGUCGUCAUAUUCCAUUGAUUUUCUGACCGUGUCUGCUAAACGAGCUCCUAAUAAACAUCCCAGCAAUUCCAAUCUCGGGAUGGAAAUUUGAUUGCCAUUCUUCUGUUUCUCGGGAUUCUUCUCCAGUGGAGCUACUCUUGCUUUGGCCAAUAAUAACUGGAUACUGACCUCUCCCUGAACAUCAGUACAUCUGGCAAACACGAUCCCACCAUAGGCAUCUCUACUUGCAUCGGUGAAGACGUGGAGUUGCAAUUCUGCUGAACAGAUUAUUGCACAUCUAGGAAUUCUGAUAUUAGAAAGUGAUGCCAUUUGCCUACACCACUUAAAUACUUCAGUACUUUUCCCCUCGUUCCAUUCUUCAUCCCACUUUAAAUCUUGAGCCCACGCUUCUUGGAGUAACAUCUUCAAUUGUAGGACCGCUGGGGACAAGAAUCCUAUGGGGUCGAAAACUUGAGCAGCCAACGAUAACACACUUCGCUUUGUUACUAUUGGGUGUUCAUCCUCGCUCCAUGGUUGGGACAAAUCACAGAAUAAGUGGUCACUUUGUUUAUCCCACUUAUACCCCAAAACCGAUGUGAUUCUUCUUUCCAUCGCUGGGUCUGUGUUUGACUCCCAUUCCCUGAGGUCCAUCUUCGCUCUCGCCAAAAUGGAAAUGGACUCCUCCUUGAAUUUCUGAUAUUCUCCUUCAGUAGCAAAAGAAGUGACGCAGUUGUCGACAUAAAGUGACUUCAACAGUUCCAAACUUGUCGUCCUCUCUUCUUCUGCGACGUUGGAAAGAUGGAACUCCAGAACUGCGGCCAAGAUAAAUGGACUACAGUUCAUUCCAAAUAUGACUCGACAAUGUUGAUAAAUUUUCAUAAUUUUCUUUUCUUCAUUUUCCCACCAAAGAAAUCUCUGAAACUUGCGGUCUUCGGGAUCCACUUCGAUCAUCUGAAAGGCUUUUCGGAUGUCGGAAAUCACUCCCACCCUUUCUUUGCGGAAACGAAGUAAGAUGGCCAGAAUUACUUCAAGUAAAUUGGGACCCUUCUCCAGGCACGUUGAGGCACGAUUUAUUCCCAACUUUGCAGGAAGCAUCAAAAACUGGUCGCACUGGUGUCGUCAGACUUCCUGGCUUGAAAACUGGGCGGUGGGGGAGAAAGUGUCCAUCAGGCUGAUCCAACAAGUUCACUUUCACUUCAACAAUUCCUUCCAAUUCCCAAGCACGAAAGAUAUUGUCAUAUUGUUGAAAUUCUUCCUUGGCGAGUAACUUGUUUGUAGCUGAGAUGAGUCUCUUCUCUGCUACAUCUUUAUUAUUAGGUAGAGGAGGCGCUCCGUUGAUCCAGGGCAGUUUUACAAUGUACCUCCCAUCCUCUGACCUCUUCAAAUUGUUUUGGAAAUCCUCUUUGACUUUCCUGUCGUGGUCUUCCGGGCUAGAUUGCAGCGCAGUAUCCUUGAUACCCAUGGUAUCCAGUUCCCAAAGCACACUGAUGUCAUGAGCUCGCGUGGUCAUCGCGAUACUCCUAGCUGCCAGCGACUGAUUUUUCUGGAUUGGUACUUCUCCGUUUAAGUACCAACCAAUGGAAGUCUCGGUGGCGGUGAUAAUAGGGCUGACCUUGAUCAUCCUUCCUGUGAGUAAUCGUCCAAUUUGGUCUGACCCAAUCAAUAUAUGUAUUUCAGACGGUUCUGAUUCAACAUCCGUCAAAUACACAUUUAACUUCAUUAAUUCUUUCACCCAGGGUCCAUACGGAAUCGGAUUGCAUAUUCCGCAUAUUUUGUCUUCAGAGAAAGCGUUGAACUUCGUUUCUCCUCCGUUGAUCCCCUUUUCUUGACGGUUCUCUAGGAUUCUCCGCCCACAAUGUCUUCUUUACUUCUUGACACUCGAUCACGUCGAGGUCACCAAAAUGUGUAAUCUGCUCGAGAUUUCCACUGGGAUCACGUCCUAACUAACUACCCGUUGGCUAGCGAUCACCGAUUUUGACUGUGCCGAGCAAGAAAUGUAAAGAUGACCGGUUUAAUUCCACCUAAAUAAAGUCAUGCUAGCUACUCUGCAGCUUAACUGUUAAAUAACUUUAUUUAAAUAACAACUUGGAAUUAAUAUUUCAACAAUUAAAAAAUAACUGAUCAAUGUCGACCAGCUCACAUUUUUUUUUUACUCAAAGACAAAGACACACGCACUCCCACUACUUUUCAUGCUCUCCCUCCUCGCGUCUCAAUCACCCUUAAAUUGGAUUGAGAUUUCAACACAUAUACAUAUAUGAAAAUACCGAUAGAUUUAACAACAAUAACUUGUAAAUAUCCCAAGAAAAUUAUGCUUUUUAAUAUCGAAAACUCCUUAUAUACAAAAUUGAUGAUGACGAUGAGUUUUACAUGCAGGUAUAGUAAGUAAUUAAAUAAAUUAAAUAAAUUAAAUUAAUACAAGAUCAAUAAUUAUUAAUUAUUAAUAAAUACCUAAUUAUUAAUAAAAAAUUGUUCAAAGAAUGACGUGAUAACUCUUCUACAAAAUGUGGUAGCUUUAUAAUUUAAAAAAAACUGACCUAACAAAUGUCUCAAAGUGAAUUUGUAUACUCAUAAUGACUUCAGAACGACUGAAAUUUUUAGACACAGUAAAAAUUACAACACUGAAUGUUCAUAAUAUGUAUAAACGUAUGUUUGAAAUCUACGUUAUUUUAUUGACUAUGCUUACAAAUGCUUCGACAAUAAUUUCAUACCUUGUUAACUUUAAGCAGUUAAGAAUGGGAAAAUCUUGCACUAAGGAAAUCAAACUUAACACGAAUUUUUGCUCGCUCAAUUUAUAAUUUAGAAAGAUAGUCGUUGAAGCACCUUCCCGUGUAACUAUUUCAUGCUUCGGGUAGGGCAUCAUCAAUCUAAUUAUAAUAAUUGGUCAUCACUAUUGUUUCAUAAACUUGCACAAAAAAUUUGUGAGUCUGCAAAAUGAGGGAUAUGCAGACCAGCAUUUCUUUUUCUUCACUGGACAUGAGAUACAUAAAAGUCAUGGUUGAGAUACGUUGACUUCUUAUUGGCAGCGUCUUUUACACGCGUAUGCACAUAUAAAGCUAAAUUUGAUACGAUGUUAUUCAUAACGCUAAAAUAAAAGCACUUCACUUUUUGUAGCCCGACCUUCAUACGAGAGAAGAGGAUAAAGCCAAUUUUAUUUUAUUACUCAUCCUCAGCUUGGUAUUAAAUGCAUAAGCUCAGAGAUUAAGAAGGAAACUGGACAAAUUAUUUCUCCAAGUUGGAAAUUUUUCAAAUAUAUUUCAAAUCCCUUAGUUGGAAUGCAUUCACUUAAAAAGUUACUUGUAUUUUCACUCGCCUUAUUAAGUUGUGUGGCUGGACAACAAGUUGAAAAUGAUGAGACUUCAACCGUUACGGCUAAACUGGAUGGAACCGAGCCGAACAGUCCACAAAUCCCACCUUCCUCCACGCCAACGACACUACAAACUGAACGAACAAAAAUUGGAGAUCCGAAUGGAAACUUACUGAGAGAGAAUUCUCCAUUUGAAUGCGGAAUGCUGCAACAGUGUGAAAUUGGACCGGACGACAACACAGCAAAAGUUGUCGGAAUCCUGGAACGGAAACUUGUAAAAAUGGAGCAUACCAAUAAAAAAUUGCAAACCGAUGUAGACAAUUUGUUAACCAAGCUUGACUCCGUAAUGAAUUCGUGCGGAUGCGAACAAAAAAACAAUACCAAUUCAAAUCCUAAUAAUCCAUCCUCUCCAAAAUCCGAUCAAUUACGACCUUCCCCUCGCCCCGACGGAAACGACAACUCUUCGUCCUCCUCCUCUGAAAACUAUUUCCCCCUACAAACCGUCGGCCCAAACCCGCGCUGCCUGGACGGUGGGGCUGGCCAAGGGGCAAUUUUGAUAAAAAGAUGCAUUCCUAACAAUCCUGCACAAGAAUGGAAACUGAGCAACGGAUCUUUCGUCAACAAAGCGACCCAACUUUGUCUCGACGCCAGCGGUGAGACGGGUGUUCAAGCGACGACUUGUGACACGAUGGCGCAAACGGGGUCGCAACGGUGGAGCCUUCUCCCAGACAGCACUAUUGCCAAUUUGGGAUCUGCAUUUUGCCUGACGACAGGAGCGUACUGGGCCCUCAGCUCGGCCUGCGAUGGAGAACCGUGGCAACGGUACGACUACUGGAAUAGGUUGCAAACGUCGCCGGGAGGGUAUUACUUGGUUACGUUGCACUUCAAGUAAGGCGAACAGGAAUAUUAAUGGAAUACUCAAUUUUAAUCAGUAACAAGAGGGCAAUAUUGAGAACUUUGCAGUACCUAUGUAAGUGUGCAUAUGCAUAGAUUCAUACAUACUCUUAAGGAAUAAAACUAUUAGUCUAAAAGCACAAAAAAA